AUGGCGACCGUAUUCGUUGCUGUUGGCAUAGCAUUAAUCCUUUAUGUAGGAUAUCGAUUAUAUCAACAUUUAUUUCCACCACCAAAUAUAAAUGCAAAUGGUAAAUAUGUUUUAAUAAGUGGAUGCGAUUCAGGUUUUGGUCAUGGAUUAGCUAUUGAACUUGAUAAACAAGGUUUUCACGUAUUAGCUAGUGUAUUUAAUCCGGAUGCUGAAGAACGUCUUACUAGUCAAUUGUCUAAUCGAGCUACAGUUUUUUGUCUUGAUAUAACACAACAACAAGAUAUAGAUAUUGCAUAUGAUAUUGUUACAAAAAAAACUAAUACACUUCAUGCAUUAGUAAAUAAUGCAGGAAUUGGUAACCGUGGUUUUAUUGAUUGGACAUCACUUGAUUUUGUACGUGAAACAAUGGAAGUAAAUUUUUUUGGUCAUGUUUCAAUGACAAAAAAAUUUUUACCAUUACUUAUAUCUCGACGUGGAUCACGUGUAGUUAAUAUUUGUUCAGUUGCUGGUUAUAUGGCUACAGCUGGUGUUUCAGCAUAUGCAUGUUCAAAAUUUGCAUUAGAAGCUUUUUCAGAUUGUUUACGCCGAGAAAUGUAUUCAUGGGGCUUAUAUGUAUCAAUAAUUGAACCUGGCUAUAUGAGAACACCAAUUAUUGAAGCAUAUGAACAUACAUGUCGUAAUCUAUGGGCUGAUGUUCCUGAAGAUGUAAGAAAACGAUGGGGUGAAGAUUUUUUUCGGGAUUAUAUGAUAAAAAUAGAAAAACAUCCUUUCAUUAUAAAUGCUGAAAAUCCUCAAAAAGUUAUUAAAGCAAUCCGUCAUGCUGUUAUGAAUACUGCUCCACGUAUACGAUACCGACCUGGAUGGCAAUCAAGUCUUUUCUUUUUUCCUCUUUCUAUGCUUCCUGCUUGGUUAGCAGAUUAUAUACUCAUUAAAAUAAAAGGUGCAUAUGCUACACCUACUGGUAUUUUGGAACAAUCAGAUUAA